GAAUAUAUAUAAUAUUAUCAGUUCUAUACAUUGUGAGAUAUGUAGGCGGCAACAAGGUUUUAACAACCUUAUACACAAAAUGUUUUGUUUGUGCGGCAAUUAUAUUAUUUAUCCAGAUAUUAUAUUACUUACUUUAAGAGUAGAUUACAGAUGUUAAUACAGUGUUUCGGUUAUGCAUAUAUGGAUCGUCUUGCAUAGUGAGGUUAAGAUAGAUUUUAUUUUUGGUGGGCGUGGUUUGCGCCAGCUCAGAACUUCCGAAUACAUGUGAGAUUAUUGGUUGUUACCGACAUCUUUACCAUACAGCGUGUACUACGUGUGUUCUUUCUUCAGAUGCAGAUAGAUGUCUAGAAUGGCAGUAGGUACGAUAUUUGUAUUGAAAACAAUUAUAGGUUAGUGUGUAUUUCCCGGAAACUCAAAUAAUGAGAAGCAGCACGAAAAAUCAGAGUGAUCAAGUCAAUGCCUUGAGGUGUGUGCAUCACAUUGGAAGGAAGAGAAAUGCACACGAAAUAUUAGUCAGGAAGUUAAGGGAAAUAACUGGUGGUAAGUUACAGCUCAUGUGGGAGGAUGAAUUAAUGUGGAGACCUAGACUUAGGUGAGAGGAUAAUCUCAGGCGGGAUGCAUGGGAGAUAGGAGUUGAAGGAGACUUGAUUUUGUUGGCCCAGGACAGGUUCCGGUGGAGGACAUUGGGUAAAUAGUAUUGACAGUGCAAGGAGUUAUGGUGGCGUGAAGUAUGGACAUCAAGAAACUGAAACCUCUCACAGUACUUGCACUACAAGAUGACAUUUCAACAGUUCAAAAAUGUUAUUUACCAAGUGUUUAUUCAGGAAUUUUAAAAACGUGUAAUGUUGGAUGCUACGUUCUUGUACAGAUAUCAUCAUCCAUAAAAUAUGUGUGCAAGCUGUAUUGGAAAAGUGACCUACACAGUGCAUUCUGUCAGUUAGAUGGGAGCGUCAUAACUUUCAGUGGUUGCGAGCGAACGUUAAUGGGCUUACCUUGGAAAGCAGUUAGUCAGUCAUGCAGUGAGUUGUCAUUGGAACAGAUUCAGGUUCUUUCUUGUUGUGUUGCUAUUAGAGAUUUACAUUUGUCAGUAGUUUUUGAAAAUGUAAGUGACAAUAAAACCUGGCGGGUGGACACUGACACUCUUAAAGACAUUGUAAAAAACAUUUUGAAGUUGUAUGUACUGAUUGAAGAUUCCAUAGUUUACACAAAAAAUCUGCCUCAGUGCCAGAAGUUUGGGAUUAAUUGCAUUGUGAUUCAUGACAUUGGUAAGUCAGAAAAUGAUAGUGCCCCAACUAUUGGGAGAAUUGUGUCUAGCACAAAUGUUUCUGUGGUUCACCAGCUGAGUAGGGUGUGGCUUGAGCAGCUUCAGGAUCCCUGUGCUGAGGUUCCUCUUGGUGGACUUGAUGGUCCAUAUCAUGCUCUUCAAGAGAUUAUGUGUCAGCAUAAGUUCUAUUGGCAGGCUGCUGAGAAAUUGGAACUCAGACCUUGCCAACAGGUGCUGAUUGUGGGGCCUCCAGGAUGUGGGAAAACAAGUUUAGUUCGUCGCGUGGCUUCAGACUCUAAAGCAGUGUUGGUGACUGUGCGAGGCCCAGAGGUUUACUGCCCUCGACCUGGAGACACUGAAGGCUGGUUGCGAGAAGUGUUUGGGGAGGCAGCUGACCUUACCCGGGAAGGUGUAUGUAUUUUGCUCUUGGAUGAAGUGGACAGCCUAUGUCCAAGAAAAGGUGCAGGAUGGUUGACUCCACACCAGACACGGGCUUCAGCACAGCUUCUUACACUGUUGGAUCAUGCAAAUCAAGUCAGAGGCCUUGUGGUUAUUGCUACUACCAACAGACCAAAUGCAUUGGAUCCAGCUGUACGCAGACCAGGGCGACUGGAAACAGAGGUGCACAUUGGAGUUCCUACAGAAAGUGAGAGGGAACAGAUACUGCAGAAGCUGGUAUCACCAUUGCUGAUUCAGGAAGAGACAGAAUUGUGUUGCAGGGUAGCACAUCUUACUCCUGGCUAUGUUGGAGCAGAUCUUUCACUCCUCUGUCAAGACGUUGUUCUUGGCAGGUAUCGAAGAAAUGCAGUGAACACAGGUAGUUCAGAAGAAUGGUUCUCAGACUUCCAGGCUUCAGUAGCUAGAGUUAGGCCAUCAUCACUGAGAGGUGGUUUGGGUGUAGUUGCAGCUCGACCCUUCAAACUUUCAGACAUUGGUGGCAUGGAUAAUAUCAAGCAGUCAUUGCGUAUCGCUAUUGAAUGGCCAUUGUUAUAUCCUGAAACUUUUACAAAAUUUGGACUCCUACAGCCUAAAGGUGUUCUACUCUAUGGACCACCAGGCUGUGCAAAGACAUCAUUAGCUCAUGCACUUGCUUGUGCUAUGAAUGUCACAUUCCUCUCUGUUUCUGCUGCCGAUCUCUACACACCAUAUGUGGGAGAUGCUGAGAAGAGCAUUGGUGAACUGUUCCAUCGAGCUAGACUGGGGGCCCCGACUAUCCUCUUCAUCGAUGAAAUAGAUGCUUUGGUUGGUAGUAGAGGCCACAGAGAACGAGGGGUGCAGGAACGUGUGUUGUCAGCUUUGCUCACUGAGAUGGAUGGAAUUGGUGUCCAGAGAGAUUCUCUCUCUACCAUGCAUAAAACUUACAGAGGGAGUACGUCUGCUUGCCAUUCGCAGUUACAGAUUAACCUGGGCAUAGUGGUAAUGGCUGCAACAAAUCGACCAGAUAUGUUGGACGAUGCCUUGCUACGACCUGGACGUUUUGACAAGUUGCUCUUUGUGGCUCCACCUGAUGCUGCAGCUAGAUUGGAUAUUUUGCGUAUUCUCACAGCACACACUCCACUUGGUGAAUGUGUUGAUCUGCAGUCUCUUGCCCUUGCCACAGAUCUUUUCACUGGUGCUGAUCUAGGUAGUCUCUGUAGAGAGGCUGCAUUCUGUGCACUGACAGAAGAGGGAAUGGCAGUGAAACAGGUGAAACACAGACAUUUUGUGCAGGUAUUAUGCCACCUGCGUCCAUCCCUGUCUCAGGACCAGGUUGAUUGGUACAGCUGUUACAAAAGUAUGGAUAAAUAAAGUUGCUCGUCUUAUCGUGA